AUCCACUGCAAAAAUGCAUAGAAAGGAACGGUCAAUACAUAAUAUAUACAUAAUACACAGGACUUCAAUUGGUGAAAUCAGCGGGUACACUUUAUUCUAUCAGUGCAGAUUGCCAUGUUUUAGACACCAAUAUGCAACAUUUUAAGAUUAUACUGAACGAAAAUAUUUUGAAUUUUCUUUCAUAUAACAUUUAGACGACGUCCUUUGACCCUGACGUCAGCCCUAGCUAGGGUCGUCAGACGACUUCAGAACACAGUGAACUCAAAUGUCAUCCAGGGUGUUUAACAUUAAUUAAAGUUCAGUAGGCUGACAAACGCGACAGUCGCAACAGUCACAGAUUUCGAGCAGAAAGGACACAGAAGACCGGUACACCAGGAUAUAUAUCUGUAUCGUUUUUUUUUAAUAACUAUUGUUGUUUUUAAACUAUUAUCUGCAUGUUUGAGCGCUCAACCGGUAAAAGCCGUAUGUUGUAGCAACACCCAUUCGUCUGUAUUUGCAUAUGACUACAAUGCAUGUGACUUGCCUGUUACCAUUUAAGAACUAUACUUUGCCGCCCUUUCCGUCAAGUGUGUCAAGUUCGAUCAAGGCUUCAUAUUAGAACACUUUUAACACAGUCGAACGCCGAAACUCAUGCUAAUACGUCCAGGCUACAGCCCCAACGGUGAACAGAAUUCGAACCCCUUCGUGGAAGAUUUUAAUAAGGAUGUUCGUGUACAUAUUUUUCUGGCCCGGGGUUGACGCCCUGCUGUCGACGAUUAACGACCUUAAUUUAAACUGCCGUGGGGCAUAAACAUGAGGACCGUGCCAGACCGAGCCGACCAAGGAUGUUAUAUAAGGUAAUGGUGACGUUACGCCAAGUACGCUUUUAGAUGAAGAAAAAAAAGUUUAUCACAACUUUAUUUUGCGAACCGAUAACUGCAAGAUGAGACCCCCACCCUACCUGUACCUGUGGCGCGGACUGACCGUCGCCGUGGCAACAUCUGUCGUCAUUUACGCCUAUUAUCUCUUCUCGUGUGUGGACCUGUCAAUCCGCGUGAAAAGGGCAGAGAUUUCAUCCACCUUGACUAACACCGGGAUGCCACACUUCUGCCGGUGGAGACCGCCGUUUGCUGGCCAAUCGUUUGAAUCGAAAUCUCAAUUUGCUGGCCAACAUUUGGAAUCGAAAUCGGCUCAAACUCGAGACGACGGUCUGAGAAGGACGUGUAGGAAAAAGACGAACCUGGCAUUCAUCAAAGUGCACAAGGCGGGCGGUACGACCAUGUGUCAGCUGUUCUUCAGGUUCGGGCUGCACCAUCGCCUCAACUUCGUCCUGCCAAACGCCAGCAGUCAUACUACAGCGUUUAAUCUAGGCUGGCCACGUCCGCUGAAGAAACGGCAGUACCUGAGGCGGAUAGACGGAGAGCCCUUCAACAUCCUGACGAACCACGCCGUGUACAGACGGGACGUCUUCAGGAACAUCAUGCCGAACGACACCGCUUACCUGGCUAUCUUACGGGAACCCUUCAGCCAUCUGAAGUCGGCGAUGAACUUUUAUCGUUUACGGAGGAAAUUCCAUCUGCCUAAGAACAACACCAUCCCGGCGUUUCUGCAACAGCCGAGUCUCUACGACAAACACGGGACAGGCGGAAGAAGAACGCACCCGUAUUCCUACACCAACCUGAUGUCCUUUGACAUGGGAAUCAAAUUUUCUGCACGCCUGGAUACCGAGUACGUGAAAUCCUACGUCACCCGACUGGAGCGGGAGUUCCGGCUGGUGCUGAUCCUGGAGUACCUUGACGAGUCGCUAGUCCUGCUGAAGAGGUACAUGUGCUGGGACAUUGAGGACAUCCUCUACAAGCCGAAAAUCCACCCGGGAAGCUAUAACCUAAAAAGCGUGACUGCUACCCCUGAACUGAGACAGAAGCACCAGGAGUGGAGUAGAGCAGACUACAUUCUGUAUCACCACUUCAACAGGUCGCUCUGGAAGAAAAUUCACCGAGAAGGAAAAGACUUCUGGGCAGAAGUAUGGAUUACUUCAUGAUUUAAAUCUGUCUUUCUGAAUGGUGAUAUGUCCAUGAGUAAGGAAUAUGAACCUUUGAUUAU